GACCUACAGAUGAGGGUCAUAAAUCCAAACAAAUGAUGUCAGGUUGUUUUUUAAUUCCUCCAAACCCAUGCCCUAAACAUGCAUCAAACCCUCAAUCUCUUAGGCUGAACGCAUUUGUUUGGCCAGGGAUGGUCGUGAUGGCUAAGUUGGAUGCCACGUCCGUGUGGGAACACGGUCCCCCUCGCCCGUGAGCGUGGUGGAGGUGAUGCCCAUCACGCCAUUCACGAUCGUCAAAGAAAAGAUCCUUCGUCGAGGUUGAGGCCGAUGACACUAUCGACUCGUCGGAACAAAGGCCUUCCUUCAACUUAGACGACUCCAAUGACGAGGACCUCAUUCCACAGCCGAUUGGAAGAAAGAAGGCAAAAAUCAUUGCCUCAGAUUCAAGCGAAAAUGUCAUUCAUAUCUCUCUCCCUUCUUCUCCUUCUCAGCUUUGAAAUACAUAGCGCCCACGCUCAGGAAUCUCAGACUCCGGCCGACGAUUGCAACGGCAUCUUCUUACAGUACGUGUUCACUUCAGGGUCCAUUCUCAAGCCCACACUCAAGGCCCACCAACCCUACCGUUUUGAGUCCACUCUAAGUAUCAUCAACAACGGCCCCGAUGAGCUCAAGUCCUGGCGGGUUUUCGUCGGGUUCCAGCACGAUGAGUUCCUCGUCUCUGCCUCUAACGCCGUGCUCGACGACGGGACUUCGCUUCCGGCCGCCGUUGGGAACGGAACUGUUUUUGCCGGGUAUCCUAAUUCGGAUCUGAAGACUGCAAUCGAGACCGCCGGUGAUUCGACCCAGACUAGUGCUAUGGUCGAGCUUGUGGGUACCCAAUUCGGAGUAGGUUUAAGGAAUGCUCCCAUGCCAUCCAAUAUCUCUCUCGUGAAUGAUGGCCUGAUUUGUCCUAAACCCUCUAUGAAAGGGAACAAUACUAUGUUUGUGUGCUGCGUGAAAGAUCCCAAGUUCAAGGCUAAUCUGACCAGAGAUGGGGAUGAAUUCCUACCAAGGGAGGAGGGUGAUCUUACUAUUAUGUAUGAUAUUACAAGAACGUAUGACUCCAAUUACUGGACACAAGUUUCCAUUGCCAACCAUAACCCGCUUGGCCGUCUUGACAAUUGGAAGUUGAGUUGGGAUUGGAUGAGGGAUGAGUUCAUAUACAUCAUGCAAGGGGCUUAUCCGUCUCUUGUUGAUUCUUCUGAUUGCAUCUUUGGCAGGCAGGGUGAGUUUUACAAGGACCUCGACUUUUCCAAUGUAUUGAACUGUGAGAGGAGGCCGACUAUUAUUGACCUACCGCUGGAGAAGGCCAAUGACACAACCCUGGGGAAGAUUCCUUUUUGUUGCCGCAACGGCACUAUCUUGCCUCCUGCAAUGGAUCCCAGCAAGUCUGUUUCUGCAUUCCUGAUGAAUGUAUUCAAGAUGCCGCCAGAUCUUAACCGUUCCUCGUUCACUCCACCACAGAAUUGGAAGAUCAGCGGUCGGCUGAAUCCAGAUUACAAAUGUGGACCCCCUGUGCGUGUGACUCCCAGUGAGUUCCCCGAUUCGAGUGGACUGCUGCCGAAUAAAGCGGCAUUUGCCAGCUGGCAAGUGGUGUGCAACAUUACCCAACCGAAGGGCGCAAGCCCGAGAUGUUGUGUAUCAUUCUCUGCUUACUACAAUGAAUCAGUCAUCCCUUGUUCGACGUGCGCCUGUGGCUGCCCUGCCAACACAGCAAAAACAUGUAGUACCAAAGCGCCAGCUCUACUCCUUCCAGCACAGUCUCUGUUGGUUCCUUCUGAAAAUAGGACUAAAAUGGCAUUGGCGUGGGCUUCUCUUAAUCAUUUUGCCGUGCCAACCCCUUUGCCGUGCUCGGAUAACUGCGGCGUUAGCAUCAACUGGCAUUUGUUGACAGACUACAGAGGCGGAUGGUCUGCAAGGAUGACACUCUUCAACUGGGAUGAGUUCUCAUUUGCUGAUUGGUUUACGGCAGUGGAGUUGGAUAGAGCUGCUGCUGGUUUUGAGGCAGUCUAUUCCUUCAAUGGGACCACACUAAGUGGUGUCAACAAUACCAUAUUCAUGCAGGGCAUUACUGGAUUGAACUAUUUGAUGGGAGAGACGGACGGAGUUAAUCCACACAAGGAUCCGAGGGUACCGGGUAAACAGCAGUCCGUAAUCUCAUUCACCAAGAAGAAUACCCCUGGUAUCAAAAUUGCCGCUGGCGAUGGUUUCCCAACCAAGGUUUACUUCAACGGCGAAGAGUGCUCGAUACCAAAACUCCUUCCAAAAAGCGGUUCGUUUAGAAUCAGCUCAGAUGUUCUUCUCACUUCUACCAUUCUACCACUUGUCUUCACCAUGUUGAUAAUAAUAACAAGACAAUAGUAACACACUCAAUGGGUAUGUCAUUAUUGUCUUAUCUGUUCAUUCUUUAGUGUAAUAUUGUUACAAGCCGGGAGAGACACGGUUGCUGAAUUUUCAGAAGACCGACCGAACCGACCGACCAUUGUAUAUAAUUUUGUGAGGAUUUUGCUACUCUAAAGGGGGGUUUUGUACGAGUCCAGAGAUUACUCAAUUAGUAUAGGCCAUUAUACUUACACUGCUGUACUCGUU